GGACAUUGGUUCGUAUACGCUGUGAGCAUGAGCACGGAAGGCGCGGCGUCGCUGCGGCUCCAGCGUGCCGAGACAGUGCUGCAGCAACGGACGCAUGGCUUGCUGCUUGUCUUGGAGCAGUGCGUCGACUCGCACAACCACCAAGCGGUGGUUCGGACGGCCGAAGCGCUUGGCAUCCAAACGAUCUAUGUCAUCGAUCCCAACAACGAGCAGAUCAAGAACCGCCACAAGGUCGGGUCCAAGAAGGUCUCCAAGAACUGCGGCACGUGGCUCUCGGUGACGCACUUUGGCACCAUUGCCGACUGCAUUGCGGCCUUGCGCCGGGACGGACGCCACAUUUGGGCGACGGACCUCUCCAAGGAAGCCGUCGCCUUGACCGCCGAGAACAAAGCAACGCUGAUGAUCCCUCCGGAAGGCGUCGCGAUCGUGAUUGGCCGCGAGACGGACGGCGUGAGCCAAGAAAUGCUGCACGAAGCCGACCGCCGCAUCUACUUUCCGACGGUCGGGUUUAGCGAGAGCUUGAACCUCUCGGUUGCGACGGCACUCGUUUGCCAGCGACUCAUUGACUGGUUCCCGGCGCUCCGUGGCGACUUGACCGACGAGGCCAAGGAUGCGCUGCGGAAAGAGUGGUUUCCGCAGCUCACGUCGUCGCCCGAUGCAUGGAUCGCCGCGCCCAGCACCAUCGGCGUCUUACCCGACGUCCGGCGCGACCCGUCGCGCACCGAAACGGGCCAGAAUCCGUGGGUCUCAAAAAAGAUCCGUCGGCGCGAACUCGACUUGGAGCAGGUCCAGUCGCGCCAAAAGUCGAGCAAGGCCAGCAGUCCGCCACAGCAAUAAGCACGACUCUCGCUGCUAUUCGUAGUGUAGUAGUAAUCAGCUUAUAGCCGUUGACACAUCACGUCGCUGUCAUCUGAC